AUGGAAGCACGGCGGCCGACCUUAUCGCGUCAGCACGCGUCCCGUGACCAUCGUUAUCCCGCAUCGAUAACGACGAUUUGGUGUCUUGGUCUUACGCUGGGGCUCGGCAGCCAGUGUACCGGCUGGACCACGACGAGUGCGGGCGUCACGAGCCGCGCGAUCGUAUUUGGUCUCCUCGCCUGCGCGUAUCUCUGCCUCAGCUUUAUCACCGCGGAGCGCACAAGUGCCCUUCCGUUCAGCGGUGGUGUCUACGGCGUCGGGCGCUGCGCGCUCGGUUACUAUCUCGGGUUUCUCAUCGGCUCGGCCGAGGCACUUUCCUUUGUUUGCUACGCGAGCGCCCUCACGCUCACAGUCGGACACCUUGUCUGCGAUCUCGCACCCGUACGUUGA